AUGGCCAACUCUGUGGCCCGCCAAGCGCGGUGUGCCUCGAAGUAUGCAACGAAUAGGGCUGUGUACUUGGAGGCAGUGCUUCGCAAUGUGCAGUGGGCGACGCUCCAGUCGUGUUGGGGAAGGUCCCUGGAGAUUGCGAUUGCGGCCCCCUUGCGAUCGAGUUCCGAUGGGUCGGCUUGGUGGACGUCGCUUGAAUCGACGGUGACUUCUGAAUUAGACGAAGUGGCGGUGUGGCACACGCACAACAUUUCAACCUUUGACACGGACUGGCAAAACUACAAGUCGAUUGGGAUCAUCGACACGUACAACAUCCAAAACGCGUUUGGGUUUUCGUACCCCAUGACCCUCAAGCACACGAACGGGACUUUUCAAUUGAACGCCCAAACCAGCAUGAAAAUGUACUGGGCGUUUGCGAGUGACCUGUGGGCUGUGACAGACCCGUCCACAUUCAUCUUUGGCAAGAGUUUGGUGCGACAAAUGGGGCAAUUUGCCUUCGCGAAUGUCUCGAUGGAGUCGGUGGUGCUUCAAAAUGGCACGGCCGCACAGGUCGAGUCGGGUGCAUUUGCCACCUUCCGCGACACCAUCGGGCCGUUCGGGUCUGUGGACGUCAAGCACGUGGCAGUUCCCCCAUCCGUGGUGCGGUUUGUGCUGCACGUCAAAGACACAAUGACGCGGUUGCGGACGAAAUCCCUGUCCUUGUCGGCAGAAUACUCCGCUAUGUACGAUCCCUCGGAAUUUUGUUACAUUCCAGCGUCCUGGUUUGAAAGUGGCCAAGUGCAUGGCGCGGGGGGCAAGAUCAUGUGUCCGGAAAGCACGACGUGGGUGCUCGAGGGGGACUUUGGGUUCUCACCGGUGCGGGGGUAG